CGCAGAAACAGGAGCACGGCUUAUUCAGACCACGUCGCCGUGAAGACUGUUGUAUAUGUAGUCCGUCGCCUCCACCAACCCCAUCGCUGUCUCCGUGUACGUGUUCCUCCGUUCUUGCGGCUCGCCUAGAAAGGGUCUGCUUGUGCCUGCGUCUCUCCGCUAGGCCAUGGACACCCGCGAAACGGAAGAGCCGCAGGAAACAGUGUGGGUUGAGAUCGACAGCCCCUUUCGAAACGAUACUCUUCCACCAACCAUGUCGCCUCCCGCCGGGUCCGCCACACCCCAAGGAAACGGGAAGAGGGACCGCGCAAGAACAACGACCCGACCAGUCGGAUUUCUAGAGUCAGCUCGCAAGUUCAACGUGAACAACGAUGGCCGUGUGCGUUGUGUCGUUUUACCGCCCACGGGAUCUCGGGGGAGGAGCUCCGCGGCAGGUGUGAAUGGAGAGAAUGCACCUCCGUCGAAGCGGCGGAAAACGUCGAACGCUGGGGAUGAGUCGAGUCCCGGCGCGUCUGAGAACGCCGACUCUGAAGCGAGAGCAUUGAACGGAAAGUCAGGAGAAAAAGCGGGCGACAAAGCAGGAAAGACCAAAAAGGCCGUCGCCAAACGCGUGAAUGGGAAAACAACUGAGAAGGCGGAGUCAACGGCAAAGAAGGACUCCAAGAAGGAAGUCAAAAAGGUUGCUGGUAGUUCUAAAGGGAAAGGUGCUGCUACGGGCAAGAGCAAGACCACCGGCAAACUUGAUUCCAAACUUACGAAAUCCAAGAAGCCCCCCGCCCCACGCAAAAAAAAGCCCAUCCCAAUAAUCGCCCCACCCUCCACCUACCCCCUCGACGUCCACUUCCCACCCGCCGUCUUCCUCAUGUUCCUCGAAGUCCAACAAUUCCUCCACCGCUUCUCCCGGCUUCUCAAACUCUCCCAACCUGUCAUCGAUGCCUUGCGCGAACCCGAAUGGCACGGCGCCCAUUGCACGGAGAUCGUCACGGCUUUACUGGAUGUGUCCGGAGUCAGGGGUGGGUUGGCUGGGGUGAAGUAUGACCCUAACAGUGGGACGGGAACGCGGCGGACGACGGCGAAGUGGAGCGUUGUCGCUGACCUACUUGCAAACGCGUCAAGUCCUGCCGCUGGACCCGACGCAUACGCGUGCGUGAGGGAGAUCGUAGCAUGGGAAGACGAGCUCCAAUCCCUUCGGACCCUCCGCACAGGCAACUCGGUCGAAAUCGUCCCCUUCAUCGUCCGUCUCACGGGUAUCCACACCCUCGUCGCCCUCUUCCAAACAACAUGCCUAGAUCUCAUCCGAGCGGCCGUCGACGACGCGAGCAAGGAACAUACGGAGACCUUGCGCCGGAUACGGGCCGUUCAGGCGAGCAUUGAGAAGGCGCGCGCGGAUAAACUCCAGGCCAUGGCGCCUGGGAAGGGGAUCAAACCGGUGGCGAAGAACACGGCGAGGCAGGAUAAGAUGAUCCGGGAUGCGCUGGAGAGGCUGAAGCCGUUGCUUGUUCAGUCCUACGCGGUGCUGCCCAGUGUCAGCCCGCUGGGGAGAGACGCGCAGGCGAACGUGUACUGGUUCUUCCCCCUCCACGAAACCCGGAUCUACAUCUGCGGGCCGCUCUGGCCUCCCAUACCCGCCGACAGCAAACCCACCGACGCAAGCACCCCGCCGCCGCUGGAGAUCGUCGAGGGACACGGUCUGCCGGAUUUUCAUCCGAGCUGGAAUUGGAUCCCGAGGGGGGAGGCUGGCGGGUUGGUCAAGUUUCUGCGGCAACAACACAAAACCCUCCUCACACAGUCCCGUGCCUCAAAAUCACAACAACUGCAACUCCUCGCAUCGCCCGACCAGCUCGAAACGCUGAUUGCGGGUUUGGAGGAAAUUGACACGUUGUACCCGGUGUGGGAUUCGGGAGAAGGACGCAGGGGAUCUGGUUGAAGUUUUCCGUCUUGGACUGAGGCGGUCUGGGGCGACAUGCCGGGAGGGGAGUUUUGGGUUUUGCAGCGUCAGGGUCUGCACAGGGCAGCGGCGUGGGUUGGGUUGGGGGGGUUUUGCGUGACAUAGAGUUACAAAGAGCCGUGCGUAUGCAUUCUAUCACACUCAGAGUGCUCACCUCGACCGUACGACGAUGUGAUAGAGGCGACGGCGUUUUGGGUCCGAUGAAGAUAUAUAUGUAUAAGUAAGACGA